UGUUGAGGGUGCUACUGGUCUCUCUUUGUCUGUGGUUUCUGGUUAAAAACUGUUUCAGAAAGAGUUUAACCGAAGACCUACAACAAGCAGAGAGUUUUCAGUCUCAUUGUGUUCAGACUCUUUUUGCCAAACAAGAUGCUGCAGAGAAUCAUCCUGAUCACCCUGCUGAUAUCCUCAGCUUGUGCUCUUCACUGGGAAAUGCACAUAAAAGAAUCUAUUGGAAAUCAACUUGAAGAAAGCUCAGGUGAGAUACAAACAGAACAACUCCCUGGAUUGUGCUGGGCUUGCAAGUGGGCCAUGGGGAAGCUGAAAAAACGAAUCUCCAAUGGGACAACUGCGGAUGAAGUUAAAAAGAAGCUUGAAAAUAUCUGUGAUCGGAUUGGCUUCCUGAAAUCACUGUGUAGGAAGUUUGUGAACAAGUACAUGGGCACUCUGAUCGAAGAACUUUCAACUACUGAUGACGCCAAAACCAUCUGUAUUAACAUUCGUGUUUGCAAGAAAAAGGAAUAGAGUUAAUGACCUUAAGGAAUCCUUGAUAAAUUGAAAAAAAUGCUUUAUUAUUUGUUUGUUUCUAAAGGGCUUUUCACACUGUACUUAACCCUGAGUUACUGUCAUUCUAAACCCAAUUUUUAAACCCAGGGAAAGGAAUGUUUCACACUUAUAAUUGAGAAACUGAGUUAGAACCACUUUUUGAAACGAUGUGGUGUUAGAA